CUGCCCAAUCAGCUGAGAAAUGCACUACUGAUAAGGAUGGUGACCUGUAAAUUUGUAAAAACAUGCAAACUGUUAUACAAAUGUUAUGAGACUUAGAAUAACUUUUUGUCGUUGAAAGUAAAAUUGUCAUAAUGAGAAAGAUCACCAGCGCCUGGUAUGCAUCAACUCGAUUUGUCGAAGCUCAAUCUCCACCAGUUGGCUCAGCUAAAGCAAAGACUGGAUGAAGAAAUGAGUGUAUUUCAUGAGUCUCUGCAAACACUUAAAAUGGCACAAGGCAAAUUUGUUGAAUCUGGGGAGAGUGUGGAAAAAAUUACACCUGAGUCAAAGGGAAAAACAAUUUUAGUUCCAUUGACUGGAUCCAUGUAUGUUCCUGGCACCAUAGCGGAUACUGAUAAUGUACUCAUAGAUAUUGGAACUGGAUAUUAUGCUCAAAAAGAUAUUGAAGGUGGCAAAGAUUAUUUCAAACGGAAAGUCCAAUUUGUCACAGACCAGAUAAAGAAGAUACAAGCGAUGGGAAUUGAGAAAUCUAAGGUACGGGAUGCAAUCUGUAUGGUCAUGGAGAUGAAACUGGAACAACAAGCGCAGACACAGAAGGCAUCCACCUCAUAACACUCACAUAUUUUGCUUAAUGACAAGAUUUUAUUCCUUAUUAAUUAAUAUUGAAAUCACUAACAGGAAAACUACAUAAAAGAAAAUUAAAAGAUUUUAAAUAUUUCAUGAUGAAGUCAUUAUGUUGUGUAUUAUUUUAUUAGUGAUUGAAGAUUUAAUUUGUAAGAUGCUUGAAUUUGUGUUACAGUAUAUAUUUCUUUUAAGUUCACAUAGUAUUUUUCAGUCAUUAGUUUUUAAUGACAUUUUUCCCAUUCCUAUGAGGUAAAAAAUAUAUUCAGCAUCCUUUUCAUUAUGAUGUCAAUUCGGAUAUUUAAUUAUUAUUUAAUUAUACACCUAUUGAUUGGUAGCCAACUACCAGAUAACAAUUGUUUUUGCAUUGUGCUUCAAUUCUUCUUGAUCAAGAGAAACUAAAGUAAAGUAACGUAUGCUGGAUAUUGACCUCUUUAAUAUUUUGAUUGAUCAAAAUUAAUGUAACUUAACAUUAAGUAGAUCUCUUUUGAAUAAUAUUCUUAUGAGUUGUAUUCAUAAAAAUAUUUAAGGCAUCAUUCAAGGCAACAUUUUGAAAUCUAACUAUAACUGAAAUAUAUCACAAAACUAAAUAAUUUUAGCAUUCAUAUUUGAAGCAUAGUUUUACAGCAAAUAGUGUUUUUUUCUGUGUCCAUGCAUAAAGAACAAAACUUUGUUAUAACCUGUUAAUUAAACGCUAGUUUGUUUAAUAAAUUAAUAAGAGCUUUUAAAA